AUGGAGUUUAUCAAAUUUUCUCCAUCUCUCUCGCUAGAUAUCGCAUGCACAUUCGACUCGACGGUCUUUCUGGAUGUGAUCUGGGCACGCAGCAACCCUCCGCUUGCGCUAGUCGACAACGUAUCGUGGUCUAUCAACAAUCAUCUCCGCUCCGAUCCAUGCUACUACCACUAUCAGCUCUCAAAAUCACUGCAAGUUGCUGCUGCUCGAGCUCUUGCUUUCAUCUUGCAAGUCCAGCCGUUUGCAAACGUCAAAUGGCAUGGAUGA